AUUAAUAACUGUGACUACUUAUUUACUUAACUACUUACUUUAAAAAAACAUAUAAAUAUAGAACACCUUUAUGAAUCCUGUAUGAAUUCGAGAUUAGAGAAAUGGAGAGACUUUUGGUCUUAGUCUCAGUGCUACUCCUCACCACAGCUGAAAGACAAGAUCUUUCAGGUAAAAUGUUCACGUUUCCAGUGGAGUCCAAUUCUCAUCAUGUACUCCUGAGUCCUGAGCUGAAUAAGAUCUUCUUCACCAUUACCGUGUGCCUGCGUACCUUCUCCGACAUCUCCAGAGCUCAGAGCCUUUUCUCACUGUCUCUGCCGUCAACAGACAACGGAUUUUUAAUUUACAAACCGAAGCAAGGGGUGUACAUGUUAAAUAUAUUAGGUACAGAUGUCACUUUUUGGGGUUUGCAGGAUGAACUGAACGUCUGGAAUUCGGUCUGCGCUACCUGGGACGCUGGUACCGGACUCUCCCAGCUGUGGGUCAACGGAAUCCCGAGCUCACGAAAAGGAAUUAAGGCAGGAAGCUCUUUAAUUGGAACUCCAAAAAUCGUGUUGGGUCAAGAGCAAGAUUCAUACGGUGGAAAGUUUGACACUGCGCAGUCAUUUGUAGGGAUGCUGACUGAUGUGCACAUGUGGGACUCUGUUCUGUCUCCGGUUCAGAUCGCGUAUUAUACAUCCGGUGGACAGUUUCAGCCAGGAAACGUUCUCAACUGGAACUCUCUAGAAUUUACUAGAAACGGGUAUAUGAUUGUUGAAAGUAAGGAAACGUCAUAUAAAGUCGGUAGUGUUUAGAGUCAAGAGCGGAUGCAUGCUUUCUCAAUAAUUUCUCAAUGUAAGGUUGUAUUUUUCAACAUGGUGAACAAACUGUAUAUUUCAUGUCUAUUUUCUUCCGUUAAAAUGUUUUCUUGUGGUUAUGGAAACACACCAAAGUGUUAAGCUGUAAAUGUUUACUAUUACUUUUACUAUUAAUUGUUUACUAUUACUGUUUACUAUAAUAUUGUGGGGAUUUGUUAAAGCUUUGUCUGAAAGAAUUAUCGUCACACAAUUUCUAAGAACAGAUCGGGUUAAGUCUUUGGAAUCGCUAUGACGUUAAGACAUUCAAUAAAUGUUUCAAACUGCA